GCUGUACCGUCUCUCGCAGCGUGCAAUUUCAGUCGACUCCGUAAGCCCGACCGAAUGGGACGUACGCAUCUUGUCCUCUAAAAACAUCGAUAUUAUCCGUUACUUAUACUUUCGCAUCUCUAUUUUAAUUUAAAUUCGUUAAGGAAACUUUAGUGUCUAGUGUUGUGUAAAUAUAUAUUGGAUUCGUUGUGCAAGUUUAUGAACUUGUUGCUGAUUUUUUCGUCUUUUUGUUUUGGUUUCGGUUUCAGAGGAGAAGACAAAAAAUAUUACUAUAAACGAUGACUUUGCGGUACUGAGGAUUUUGUGAAGAUUAUUAUAUUGAAACAGUUUUGUGAAAAUGUCCAACAAAUCACAUACACUUUUGGAAAUAUUCCAAGAGAUUCUGGCUGCAUCCGGCAAUGCUUCGGAUAACAGUAUUAAUGAGACACAGAUCGUGUCUGUGCUGCGGGAGCAGGCGAACCGAGGUGCCAGUGGGAGUGAGAUGGAGUCUCUUUUAGUGCGGAUGAUGAAGGAUGCCAAGAGUAAACUUAAUUUGACUUUGAAACCGGACACUUGUGGCUACUGUGAGGGCGACUUCAGAGAUAUCAUUAUGGCGUACAAUGGGAUUCAUGGAUACGUUAGUUUACUGGUUUGUACUAUAGGAGUUUUGGCCAACACAAUGAACAUCGCCGUCCUGACUAGAAGAGACAUGGCCGCCGCUCCUAUAAACCGUCUCCUCAAAUGGCUGGCUGUUGCUGACGUCUUUGUUAUGAUUGAAUAUGUACCCUUCGUUAUAUAUAGACAUUUGGUCCUCCCAGAAAAAUUGGAUUUUCCGUACUCAUGGGCAAUGUACCUGCUGUUUCAUAUGCACUUCGCUCAGAUACUUCACACCGCGUCUAUAUGCCUCACCCUGUCACUGGCUAUUUGGAGAUAUUUGGCUAUAAAGUAUUCAGACAAAAGUCACAUACUGUGUACGGAGAGGAGGUGUAGCAUUGCAAUCCUAACGAGUUUUAUAUUACCUCCUAUACUAUGCGCACCUACUUUCAUGGUUUUCGACAUACACACGAAAAACGUGACAGACAAAUUUGGUAACCCAGACAUCGCGUACCAUGUGGACUCAGAUUACCAAGGGACAUUGUAUCAAGCCAACUUCUGGGUACACGGCGUCGUCAUCAAAUUGCUGCCCUGCUCCAUCCUCACAGUGAUCAGCGUUUGGCUUAUAAGAGCGCUUUACAAUGCAAACCAACACCAGAAGAAACUGAGAAACUACAAUGCCUGUCCAGCUGCUGAGAAAAUGGUGAAGAGGCAGAACAAAGCAGAUAAAAGGACUGAUAGAACUACGAAGAUGUUAUUAGCCGUGUUGCUGCUGUUCCUCGUGACGGAACUGCCUCAAGGAAUUAUGGGGCUGAUGAGUGGUCUCCUUGGAUGGUGCUUUUUCAAACGUUGCUAUGAUCUGUUUGGAGAGCUGAUGGACUUCUUGGCGCUGCUGAAUGGAGCUAUAAACUUCGUGCUAUACUGCUCCAUGUCCAGGCAGUUUCGGCAGACGUUCAGGCAGUUACUGUUGCAGCCCCACCUUGCAAGGUUCUUGCCACCAACAGCUUCGCAUUCCGACUCUCACAACCAGAAUACAGCAAAAACAUCUGUACCGUGAGGACGCGUGAAACAUGGACACGCUCCAGUGGUGAGAGAACAUUUCCUAUAGUGAACUGUGAACUGUGACAGUGCUUUAGUCGGUAUGUUCAGUGUUAAAGAGAAAAGUGUGACCCUAUUUG